ACUCGCCGCCCAAUCUCCAUUAACACACAAAAUUAAAGCUUUCAUCUUUCUUAUUUCUUCUUCAAAGUUCAACCAUGUUUACAUUGAACCUAAACAAGAAGGUGGAGAAGGAGAAAAAGGAAAUCGAGCACAAAAACAAAAUGGCUCAGUUAGAUUCAAUCCAAAAAAUAAGGCGAAUACAAGACCCAAAUUUCGUUAAAACAAAUUAUAUUCUACAAAUACACAUCCAUUAUGCGGAAGAGAUUGAACCAUCGAGCGUGUACUCGGAAGUUCAUUGGAGGAAUUAUCGAGUGGUGUUUUGGGUUAACCCUUCAGAUCAGUACGAGACUGGUGCAAGUAGAGGGUAUCCUAAAUUUAUAUGGGAACAACUAUUUAAUAUCCCAUUGAUCAAUGUUGUUACAUCCGAACCUAAGUUUUUGAGUCUGGAAGUUAUGCGGAUCGGCGGGAAUCCAGGGCCGUCAAGAGGCUACAUCGUGGUGGGGAGAGCAAAGGUAGCUUUGCCGAAAGUGCCGGGGAUUAAAGAGUGCCAACGAGUUGGACUGGUGAGGUUUGUUGAUGGGCAAACCGUGGGUGAAGGGCAUAUAAUAAUUUCUCUGACUAUGAUACAGGUAAAUUUCCAUUGGCGUGAUAGUUUAUUUCAUUAGAGAGAAUUCAACAAUUCGGGACUAAUUACUACUAGUGAUGGAGUGAUGAGGGAAUUAAUUAUUGUUGUUAAUUAUGAUACUUUAGUUUUGAAAAAAAGUCACCUUUUAUGUUAUAGAAACAUCAUUGUUUUGCCUUCUGUUUUAAAAUAUUAUAUAAAAAAUUAUUUAUCUAUAAAUAGAUUAUUUGUAUGUUAACUCAA